UGUCUGCAGGUACCCCGCCUAUGAUAUCCGAAGCUUCUGACUUCUCAGAACUGUUUAUUCUUUGGCCACAUUUCACUAAGAGCAGAAAGAAGGAAGAGGGAGGAGAGACCCAGAGCCCAACAGUCAAGAUGAGGAAACAAUCUUGGAGAAAUCACGUGCUUGCUCAAGACCGUUCAGCUUACGAGAGACAGAUGGGGAUUUUUCGGCCAGAAUGCGGUGAAAGACCCGUUUUUGAGAGAGGAGCUCAGUUUUCCAGAAUCAUAGGAGGGGUGGAGGCCGAGGUGGGUGAGUUUCCAUGGCAGGUGAGUAUUCAAGCAAGAAAUGAACAUUUCUGCGGUGGCGCCGUCAUCAACGAGUGGUGGGUUGUCUCGGCGGCUCACUGCUUUCACUCGGAGAUCUCGCCAACAGAACUGAGAGUCGUGCUGGGAACCAAUAGCUUAAGCAGCCCAUCUCUGGAAAUAAAGGGGGUCACAAGCAUAAUUCUGCACAAAGACUUUCAGAAACUCAACAUGGACAAUGAUAUCUCCUUGCUGCUGUUGGACACGCCCAUCACAUUCAACGAACUGAAAGAACCUAUCUGCAUGCCCACAGAGCCCGGCCUCGCCAGGUGGCACAAAUGCUGGGUGGCAGGAUGGGGGCAGACCCAAACUGGUCUCAAACAGCCUAUGGAAACAGAGCUGCUGAAAGUGCCCAUGACCAUCAUGGAUUGGGAGAAGUGUUUAAAGGAAUUUCCAAGACUUACCAAAAAUAUGCUGUGUGCCGGAUACGAGAAUGAGACCUACGAUGCUUGCCAGGGUGACAGCGGGGGGCCUCUCGUCUGUACCACAGAAUCUGGCAAGAAGUGGUACCAGGUGGGCAUCAUCAGCUGGGGAAAGAGUUGUGGACAGAAGAACAUCCCAGGAAUAUACACCUUGUUAGAAAAUUACCACUCCUGGAUCGAGAAGAUGUCACCCCUCUUCCCGGCUGCCCGGGUGUCGGUGUCGCCGGCCUGGGCGCUCUGCCACGACCGCUGUGGGCGCAGAUGGAGCCCAUGAAGUGGACUGCUGGCCGCCACUCGAGGUCACCUGGUUGCCUAAGAAGCAGAUUCUCGGCAAUUUCUCGCAGGAAGAGCAUUUGCAGCUCAAAGCUCUGCUGGCAUUCUUCCCCCGACCCCUCCCCGCCCCGCACACAGCUCGCUUGUUUGGGAAGUAACUGUGAAACCUUUUACUCCCCCUGUUGAGAAGCACCUUCUGGCCCAUCCCUUUGGCCUGUAGAGGUAGCAGGGCAGAGAGGACCACCCCCACUGCUCAGACGCAGAAGCCUAGGCUCAGAGGAGGGAAGGCGUUCACUCGGACUGAACAGUGCCAGGAACUGGGGUGCGGGCAGGGGGGUGAUGCCGAAAGCUCAGCUUCUCUGUGCACCGGUGCUGAAUCAAAUCUCGGAGACAGAGUUUUGGGUGAAGUAGAAAAGAAGAGCUUUAUUACUUUGCCAGGCAAAAGGGGACACAGUGGGCUCCUGCAUCGAAAAACUAUGUGUCCCCACCCAGAAGGGUGUGAUGAGUUUUGUAACAGUACUUCAAGGGCGGGGUGCUGACAAGAUGAGGGGGUGUGCAGGGUCUCAGCUGGUCAGUCUCCUAAUCCUGAUGAGUUUCUCUGGCCCCUUUAAUCUUGCCCCAGGUGGUUCCUUGGCUGCUCCUUCCCUGAUUAGCAACUGUUCGAAUCUGCCCUUUGGAACUCAGGGAAGGUCAUGGAGGCUGAAUGAAGCCUAUUUCCUGUAAUCAAAGAAAUGGGGGACACAGAAAGGCUUUGUGCCCAGGAGCCCCACGGGGCCCUGCUCAGUGUCAAUCCCCCUCAGUCCUCAGAGUAACCCUAUGAAAUAGGUACUACCACUGGGCCUUGUUUACAGACUGAGGAAACCAAGGCCCAAGGUCACAGGGCUCUGAGGAGGUGGGGCUGUAAUCGCACCCAACCAGUCCGGUCUAGAUGGAGGUGGACUGAGCCCUUGGGCCACCCUGCCUCUGGACACCAUCCAAGGCAAGGACACUGACCCGCAGGUCUGAUACCUGGGUUCAGGUAUCACUCACUCUUUGAGGAAUUUGGUCAAACUGGUUCAAACUUUGUGUCCUCCUUGGUCAAAGGAAUCUCUAGAGAAAGUUCCAGAGUAAAAACCCAGGAUUUCUCGUUUGGACGCAUGUAGCGAGAGCACCUCAGGUCUUUAUCCUGGAUCCUGGAGGAGCAACGGAACAGGGGACGGGGCUCCUCCUUCCCCUCUAGACUGAGGCUCUUCCACGGGGAACAUGGAAGCCAUCAGUCAAUAAGCCACUCAGUCAACACACACUUAUUAAGCACCUACAGUGCCCCCAGGUCCGGGCAUAUCACUGUGAUCAGGUGGGCAUGGUGAAUGUCCCUCUGGAGCUUGCACUGUGGUAGGGAAGCCAGCAUUGGACAGGAAAUGACAGAGUGACAAAUCUCACUGAAGGGAAGCUGAGUGCUCGAUAUUGCUAACAUGCUACAAUUCCUGUAGCACUCCAGAAGUCUCUGUGCUUUAAGCUGCUUGCAGUCUGCAGUCAUCUCCUAGAGCAAGGUCAACAAUGGAGAUGGUUAGCUUGGAUUCCUGGGCUGAGCAGGGUAAUGGGGACGUGAGCAAACCUGUGGACAAUGAGAGGACUGAAUAAUCUACAUAAGAAAGGACAUGUGGUCACGUGGAGGAGAGAAGAUGAAGAUGGGGCGCAGGUGUCUAACCUGGAGACCAGGGCUUCCUGCCGCCUUUAGAGAUACCUGGUCCCCUACACUUAUCCCACGGACAAUACAGGAUGACAGGCUUUUUACAAUAACAUUCAACCAACAUUUGAUGAGAACAGAGGAAGUGCCGGCACUUGCUAAACAAAGAACAAGAUAGACAAGGUCUCUGAGCUACUCACCAUCAAAGCUUUGUGUAACGCAAAAAAUAAAACAGGGCUGCCUUGAGGCCAGCCUCAGCUGCUGUUGCAUUCGGAAUAAAUACAGAUCCCAGUCCAGAAACUCUGAGGUGCAUCAGAGGUCUUUACUGGAAGUUUUCUUGAAGAGAUAACACUGGAUUCACAUCAAAACUUGCCACAAGGCGUCUAAUAGCAGCUCUCUUUCCCAAAAUGCACAUUUCACAGCAGCUGCUCAAAUUCAUCCCUCCUCCCUUUCGAAUUCCCAGCCUGCCUGGUCUUCAUCCCCACUCCUGCCUGUCCCGUGGGCAAAAGACCUUCCCCACCCUCUUCUCCUCCUCCCGAGUAUCUCAGCCCCUCUCUUACACAUUUCACUGGAGAUUCUUUCAUUUCCUUCAAGUCCACUUUUGCACACGUGUCCCUGGCCAACGUCACAAAAGCCAAAUACAGCAAUCCAGGCUCCCGGUCUGAGUUCCAGGUCUCCUCCUCGUCCACUCUCUGGUUGGGGUAUUCACUCUCUUGUUCUUCAGUCCCCAGUCUCUUCUUUCUCCAUCCUCUCUCGAUCCAUAGCUGGGGGACUCACUCAGUGUCCUGCCUUCAACCAGGAGUACGUCCCACCUCUAGCAACCUGAUUUGCAUUUCUCUCAGCAGAAUCAGCCAGCUCUUCCUUGAUGCUUCCAGCAAGCCCAGUCCCUUGGCUGUAGUUUCUCCAGAUAGUAGGUAGGGAGAGUGGAAAUCUCACUUAUCCAUUUUCUGCUAAACCUUUUCAUUUAUCUUUACUCCCAACUCCUAAAACUCAACUGACUACACACACUGUCUUACUCACAAAAAGUACUCCACCUUCACUGGACCUGUUUCUGUUAUGGGACCAGCAUCAUUCCCUUUUGGCCAGACCUGAAACCUUAGAGCUGAUGUUCUGCACCUGUGCCCAGGGCAAAGACUCAGACUCAUGGAUGACCUAAUAGAGGGCUGUAAAACUCCUUGAAAUUGUAUACACUCACAAAACUAAAGACCACAGAUUGGGACUGAGAGGAAAUAUUUGCAACACAUAUGUCACACAGAGGACUUCUAUCCAGAAUAUAUAAAGAAUCCGUGCAACUCAACUCAAUUUAAAAAUGGGCAAAAGAUUUAACAGGCACUUUACAAAAGAUUUAUGAGUGAUCAAUAGGCACUUGAAAAGAUGCUCAACUUUAUUAGUCAUCAGAGAAAUGCAAAUUAAAACCACAAGGAGAUACCACUAUGUAUUCACUAGAACAGCUAAAAUUUCAGACUGGUAGUACCAAGUGUUGACAAGGAUAUAGAGAAACUGGAUUUCUCAUACAAGGCUGAUGGAAUUGUAAAAUGGUACAAGCCAUUAAGAAGACAGUUUGGUAAUUUCUUAAAAAGUUUCACAUAUACCUACCUUAUGACCCAGCCAUUCAAUUUCUACAUAUUUAUCCAAGAGAAAUGAAAGCCCACGUUCACACAGAGACUUUGCUUCGGAAUGUUUAUAGCAGCCUUAUUUGUAAUAGCAAAAGCUGGAAACAACCCACAUGUUUAUCAUCAACUACUGAAAGGAUAAAAAUGGUGUGGUAUAUCUAUGCAGUGGAGUACUGUUCAGCAAUAAAAGGAGCAAACUACUGAUGCAUGCAACCACAGGGAUAAAUCUCAAAAUCAUUAUGCUGAGUAAAACAAAGACCAAAAAAUGUGCACACUGUAUGAUUCUACUUGUAUAAAAUUCUAGAAAAUGCGAAGUCAUCUAUAUAGUGACAGAAAGCAGAUCGGUGGUUGCCUGGGGGUCGGAAGUAAGGGAGAAAGUGGAUUUUGAGGGGGCCCACGAAACCUUUUGGGAAAGAUGGAAAUAUUCAGUAUUUUAAUUGCAAUGACAGCUUCCCAGGUGAAGGCAUAUGUCAUAACUCUCCACAGUUGACGCUUCAGAUGUGUACAGCUUGUGUUAAAUUAAACCUUAGUAGAGCUGUAAGAAAAUGUGAAUGCUGGAUGCCAGUGACUCUCUGUGUCUAGAUUAAGAAAUUGCCUUCCACGUGCUGUGAAAGCUUGGUUAGAACUCUGACCUUGAUUUCACUGUGUAAGAUGGGCAUCUCAGUGGUCCCCAGAGCCAGUGUUGGAGUCCCAUAAUGAGAGAACUGGAAGCGCCCUUAAAAUGAUGAAAAACCUGACACCCAAAGAGGGAAGUGACUUGCCCAAGGUCACCCUACAACUUCGUGGCAAAGUCAGGCUUUGAGCUCAGGCACUCCGAUUCGGUCACUGGUCUACAAGCCCUGGGAGGACACUAUGGGGCCAGGAGGUCAGCUGUGGUCACCAGCUAAGGGGUCACACAGCCAGAGCCCAGCACGUGCCAGGCACAGAGAGCCCCGCAGCGAAUGAAACGCCCUGUAUGGGCGUGAACUCUGUGCCCUGCAGCCUGGCGGCGGUGAGCAGGAAGGGCCGUGGCCUUGGACCUGAGCAUUCAGACCGUCUGUGGGGAAGGACAGAGCUUGUGGGUUCUUGUUUUAAAUUUUUAACUUCUUGCAAACCAAUACUUUCAUAAAACAAUACAAUUAAAUUACUAGAAAAAUGAACCAAAAAAUGAACAUAUAAAAUACAAGCUCAAACUUUUAUUAUUAGAUUCAACCCACAUAAAAUCACUCGUUAAAUUGCUCUGAAGGUUUCUAAGCAUUUACUCUCCAUUUCUGUACUUAUCUCUUCAUGGACCAGGAACCAGCAGUGGUCCGUGUUCCACCCUUCGAGAAGUAUUUCCCUAAAAGAUCCAAACUUUAAUUACCAAGAAGUCAGGGGCCCCUGGCUUUCUAAAGUCUAGGAGGAUCACAUUAAAACACGGGUUAGAUUGAAAUGUGACACACGAGUCAUCAUUUGAAUUGAGACUGUACAGACUUAUAUAUUAUUCAUUGUCUUGAGCAAUAAAAACUCACAAAAUGCCUAAGUGCCCUCAGGCCCCGGAAUAGCUUAAUUGGGCAGUAUUGCUCUGUGAUGUCAAGCACCUGUUUAAUUCUGAGUUCUGCAGUUUUACAUCAGAACAGGCCAAGGAAGAGGCAUUUUCCAUCUUCGGUCCCUGGCUCCUGUCUCUGCUUGAGUGCGUGAAGGGGCCACCCCUCCCCAUGGAGUAUCCUUCCAAGGUGCUGAGCCCAGAUCACCCAGGGGUUCAGAUGCUGUGUGAGCAGCUGCUGGCACAGACGAGGAGAGGAAAGGAAGCCUCGUCUGGGGUUGGGAGAGCGAAGCCAGAUCCCUGUCACCCACACCAAGGGGGCAGGCCAGGCUUGGGCUCCCCUGUCCUGAGUUGGCCUUGACAGCCGUGGAGGGUCAGGUCCAGAAUCACCCUGGCCGAGGCUCAGGGGUUAGGCCCCAGGAACAGAAGCACCUACGCCCCAGGUUCCUGGCCUGUGAAAUGGGGGUUUGUCACAUGGACUGCCUAGGCCAACGCCAGGCCGUAAUGAUGCAGAUGAAGUGAUGCAAAGCCAGGCCCGGGUAACACUCAGGAGAACCCAAUGCCCGUACCGGCUGAAGCUGAGUGACAAGACCUCAGGUUGGGGUGGGCCCUUAGUGAGUUCUCACUCCUCUCCCCACCCCUCUCUGGCCUGGACUGAGUCCCCUUGAAGUUCUCUGUAUCAACCCCCAAGCUGUUCGGCUUGAAUGCCACAAUUGACAGGGAACUCACCACCCAAGGUCAGCCCUUCUCAGCUCCGCACAGCUUUGACCCGGAGAACACAGUCCCAGGCUGAGCUGCAUUGGCCUCCCCGUGGCUCUCACCCCAGCACUGGCUGCAGCUCCUGGGGGCCAGCCCGACUGCCGUGUGCACCCUUGAAGACCAGGCUCCUGGCCUCAGUGAGCCUUGGCUUCUGCAAGCCGCACACCCCAGCUCCCUGUCACACGUCCUGUUUAUACUUCUACAAUCAGCACCAUCCUGUCACUCAGAACACACCCCCAGGUGAGGUGCCUCCCCAGGUAAGACCCACCCCGCCCUGCGGUUACGGGGUCUCUUUGUAGAGCCUAAGGUGGGCCUUACUCCUGACCUUUUAGAACUGCAGAAUGUGUACAACCUGUCUCAGUGCCCCCAGCUGCCUUGCGUUUCUCUUCUUGACACCACAAAGACCCCUCCCUGAGUCCCGGGGCCUCUUGGUCCUUCUCUUCCUCCUACGGACCCCCAUUCAGCAGGAGCCCUCCUCAUUUGGGGGCCACACUCAAGACUAAAGCUUAAGCUCCCACCUUCCCAGGUCUUCCCUUUCAUCCUGAGCGAUUCAGCCCCAAAGCCCUGAUGGGACGUGGAGUGCUGCUGUGUCCUCAGUUCAGGGACAGGAGGGUCGCAGGGUCUCAGGGCUGCGUGGGGACAGCGGGGAGGGCGUCCAUGGGACAGGCGGCCGGGCAAGGGGCGUGGGAGCCCACACGGUGGGUAGGGAGGGUGGUCAGAGCCUGGGUGGGGCAACAGCGUGUCCGUGUGGCAGGGCAGACGACUCGGGAAGUCAGGGUCCAAGCCAGCUGGCCCUGGCGAGGGGGCCUGGCGUCGAGGAACAGUCUGCAAAAUGGCUGGACCAGAAUCUUCAAAAGUAUCAAGGCUGUCACUUGUCUUUUUCCCUUUUCUCUGGUUAAAAUUCUGAAUUUUAAUGAAACACACUUGUUAUUUUUUAAUUAUGAGUUUACUUAUGAGUUCUCUAUGAUCACUAUUGCUUUCUGCCAUCUUAUUCACACCUAAUUAUAAGUCCAAUACCCGGGGGGAAAAAAAGUACCAAGGCCGUGAUAAUCAAAGAAAAACAAAGGCAUUGCCCCAGACUGAAGAAGACCAAAGAGAAGUGACAACUCAGGGCAGCGUGUCAUUCUGAAUGGAUCCUUUUGUUAUGAAAGGAGUCAUUGGGCCAAUUGGUCAGACCUCAGCGGAUCUGAGGACUAUGUUGAUGGUGGUGUAUCAGUGUUAGCCCCCUAGUUAUAAAAGAGAGUGUCCUUGUUUGUAGAAACACACACUGAUAGAAAAUCAGGUCAGCAACUUACUCUCAAAUGACCAGGAAGGAAAAGGAUUUAUUAUAUAACUCUAAUUCCUAAUUUUCUGUAAGUUUAUAAUUGCCUGAAAUUUGUUUUUUUAAGAAAAGAGGAUUUUGGAGCUGGCACUGAAUUAGAGAUUACCUGAUCCUCAGCUCUAUUUAUGAGACAAGAACGAAGUUGCAGAAAGGUUAAAGUGACUUGACCAAAGUUACACAGCUAGUAGGUAUUGGUUCUGGGACCCAAACCCUCCUUUCAAGUCUUAUGGUUGGAUCUAGUCUAAGUCCCUCAUUUUACAGGUUAAGAAAUUGUGGUCCAGGGUCACAAAGAGAUUCACCCCAAAAUGAGCUGAACAAAUUUCAGGUGCCAAGUUAAUUGGGACGAAUUUGGAGAGUUUCUUAAGUGUCUGAAAUUGAACUCUGGGUGCUUUCCUCUUCUGUCUACUUGCACAGAAAGUUCUCCUAGGUGUUGGCCUGAAGCCAUUCCGCUCAGAAAGGAAGUCCUCUGCCACUUGCUCGGGGUUUUAAAUUUGUUGCCGGGCAAAGCAGUCAUAGUGUACAUGAGCAACUUUCCCUGCAGGGGCCUCUACGGUUUCUGGGGUUUUCCUCUUAGUCACUGACAGCCUGGGACCUUGCCCUUCCAUGUGCCAGCCGUCAGCGAACCAGCUGGCAAUUCUGAAGAAGCAGAAAAGCAUCCAGAGGCCCUCUCAGGAGGGCACAAGCCCAUGGAGAAAGAAGGUGACAUGUGUCUGCUAGGGGACAAGGACAGGAGGCAGAGUGUUAUGAGCUGAAUUGUGUCCCCCAAAAUUCAUAUGUCGAAGUUCUAACCCCCAGUACAUCGGAAUGUGACUGUAUUUAGAAUUAGGGCCUUUAAAGAGGUGAUUAAGGUAAAAAUGGGGUCACUAGGGUGAGCCCUGAUCCAAUAUAACUGGUGUCCGUAUAAGAAGAGGGGAUAAGGACACAGACACACAGAGGGACAACCAUGUGAGGACACAGGGAGAAGACAGCCAUCGACAAGUCAGGGAGAGAGGCCUCAGGAGAAACCAACCCUGCUGACACCUUGAUCUCAGAUGUCCAGCCUCCAGAACUGUGAGAAGAUAAAUUUUUGUUGCUGAAGCCACGCAGUCUGUGGGACUUUGUUACAGCAGCCUAACAGAUUAAUACAGCAGGGGUGAGGAACGCCGGAAAACAGACUUUCCUACAGACCACAGGCUCUUUGCACAGAUCCCUUCUGCCCACACUGUAAUGUCACCUUCCCUCAACAACCCCAUCAGGUGACACUCUCCCCAUUUGGACCCUAAUUGACAAAAGCAGGGAACAGAAUGCUCAGUCUGGAGCCAGAAGUCCCAGCACAUCCAUUCAGGAGCUGUGUGAUCUUGGGCAAGUCAUUUAACCUUACUGAGCCCCAGUUUCCUUAUAUAAAAAUAGGAUUCAUAAUUUCUGUUUUUAAUCUUUCAUAGAAUUGCCAAGAUCAAGUGUAGAAACUGAUAGAAACUAUAAACAGAUUAUAAAUGUGAGGAUUGCUAUUAAUGACAGUAAUACUAUACUGUUCAUAAUUUAAAAAGUGUAUCUACUGAGCUUCUGUUUCCGUUAGAAAAUGCAAACAUAAUCUCCAGAAUUUGCAAUCCAGGAGGGAAUAUGAGAGUUACACACAUAAAGCUGUGUAAAAGUUGGCCCAGAAUGAAAUACAGUCCACAAAACAGAAAUCAAUGUUCAGGGAAAGGAAAUCAUCAUGGUCUGGUGUGAAUCACUGCUGUUUAUUCCUUCAUCAAACAUUUCUUGGGAGCCUUUGUGUGCCAGGCUGUUCUACCAGGGGGGUAGAACUGUGAACAAGACAGCAAGCCCUCAGAAAGCCUAGGUUCUAGUGCGGGGACAGACACAAUAAACAACAGAUGUUUCUGAGUAUGACAGGUGGAGACAGUGCAGUGAAAGGAAGGAAGGACGGGGGUGAGGGUGGAAAGGCUGCGUCGGUAGAAGGACCGCUGCUUUAUUGGGGGUGUCUGGGAGGACCUUGCUGACAGCUCACACCUGGAGGGACUGAGGGCCAGAACCAUGCUGCUGCAUGGGCAAAGAGCAUAGUAGAUGCUAUCAGGUGCUUUUACAAGUAGAGCUUCAGAGUUUGCAGAAUGAAUAGGACUCGGGUUUCUGGGGGAAGGCUUUGGAGGUGCAGGAGCCCAGCCAACAGGCUUAGUGCGAUUGGCCCGGAUGGGACUGCGAUUCCCAGAUACAGCCACCAGGUGGCAGAGUGACUUCAGACAAAAAGUCUACCGAAGAGUCCGGGGAGAAACUUCUUUCUUCCCCCCAAUGAGGAGUGCUGGCACAGGUUCGGGAUCCCCGGAAGACCAGGGGAGCAGCAGAUACAGCUUUGAAGGUUGAGAAGGAAGAAGAGGCUCCUUGCCCGACAGCUGGGUGGAGCUUUCCCGAGCCACUGGAUUCCCCGUUCUCCCAACGGCGGCCAUCCCCGGAUUGGCCCCCACAGGUGGGGCUCUGGGCUCAGCGCAGCCGUAACUGACAGAUAGUCCUGAGGGAGCCUGGCCCCAUGGGGCCCCGCUCAGGACUGGGAGCUGGCGAGUGCCUCCCCUCGCUCUGUGGCUGGCUCACUUCGGGGCCUUCUCU